AUGGCCCCCAUCAAGAAGAGCAAGAAGGAUGCCAACAGCAUCAACUCCAAGCUUGCCCUUGUCCUCAAGAGCGGUAAGGUCGUGAUGGGCUACAAGAGCACCCUCAAGAGCCUCCGCUCCGGCAAGGCCAAGCUCAUCCUGAUCGCUGGCAACACUCCUCCCCUCCGCAAGUCCGAGCUCGAGUACUACGCCAUGCUUUCCAAGGCCCCUGUCCACCACUUCACUGGCACCAACAUUGAGCUCGGUACCGCCUGCGGUAAGCUCUUCCGUGUCGGCGUUAUGGCCAUCACGGAUGCCGGUGACUCCGACAUCCUUGCUGACCAGCAGGCUUAA